AGGUGGCGCUGGGUCUGCUGGAGUUGACCUUCCCGAUCCACGAGGCCAUCACCCAGGAGGACUUCAAGGACUUGGCCAGGGCCGAGGCCGCCAGACAGCGCAUGCAGGACGUGGCGGCCCUGACGCGGCAGCUGGGGGACCUCUUCGGCAGGGGUGGCCUGAAGCCGAGGGCCAUGAAGAGCAGCGGGGGCGACGACCCGCUGGCUCCGCAGGUGAUGAAGAUGCUGGAGAAGUCCGUCAACAAGCAGAAGAAAAAGGACAAGAAGAAGGGCGGCGCCCCCUCCGCGGACCCGGGGGCCGAGGUCCAGAACGCCGCGCGCGCCGCCUGGGAGGCCGCGCAGGGCCGCUGCAGCCAGCUGCUCGGAGAGGAGGUCUGGGAGGGGCUGGGCUGGCACCGCGGCCUCUUCGCCUUCAGCUACGUGCGGCUCGGGGUCGAGCGGCGGGACGCGGGCACUUCCGCGGAGGCUGGGAGCGGCGGCGGCGAGGGCGAGGGCGCUGCGCCGCCGCGCGGGGCGAUGCCGCCGCCGCUGUCGUCAGAGGCGUUCUCGGAAGCCAUGCGCGGCUUCCGGACCAUGCUGGACGCGCAGGGCCCCGUGCUGGCCGACCUCGUGGACCCGGCGGAAUGGAGGGCGGCGGCGGACGGGCCACACCAGGACCAGACGGCCCGCAUGCAUUACCAUGGCAUCUACACGAGCACGCACCUGCGCGCCCUGAAGUACCUUGCCGAGCUGAGCUACUGGCGGUGGAAGCACGCCGGUCAGUCAGGAGAGCACGCCAGGCUUUCCGCGCUGAUCAACAGGAAGUUCGUGCACGUGGUCCGCCACCUCAUGCCCGGCGCCGGGUGGACCGCGGACGUCGAGUACGACCGCAUCGUGGAGAUGGAGGCCCAGCUGUCCUGCUCCGACUUCUCCGCCGGCCUGGGCGCGGGCCCGGCGCCGAAAGCGAAGAAGGCGCCCUGAGCCGCCCGCGGCGCUCCGCUCCCCUGAGGCCCCGUGCGGGGUGGGCCGACCUGCCCCGUCUCCGCCUCAUCCAGGUGUGGAG